AUGGUGGAAUCCACUGUUCUGAAGACGAAGUAUGGAACAGAUUUUCGUAAGAGGCUUAUUCACCACCAGAACGAUGUAAGCUUCAACGACUUGGUGUUCAAGAUCCAAAACUUGUACAAUUUGGAUUCGAACAGCAAUAUCCAGCUGAAGUACAAGGAUGAAGAUGGGGAUUUCAUUACCCUUAUUGACGAUGACGAUGUAUCCAUCGCUAUUCAUGACCAAAAGGUUUUAUAUAUUGAGGUCACAGUCGGUAUGUUGAUGCCAUUAGAUGUAUAUUUUUUAGAUCAAUCGGAAAGCGUCGAGUGUCCUUUGGAGAAUCCAGUGAAGUCGGCUAGUAAUGUUGCAACCAUUGACCCUUCCCGGCAUGAACAAGUUGAAUCCAACGGCCUAAUUCUUCAUGCUCAGGAGGUUGCUAAUAUUGCUUCGGAAUUCUCUGAUCCGCCAAAACAGGAAGUUCAACAACAAGAACAACAAUUGGAAAAUGUCCCGAUUGAUGACAAGCCUGUUGGGAACGGAUAUUACCAACAGCAGUUUAAUCAGCCUGUGCAACAGAAGCUUGAGUAUCAACCACCUAUUCAGCAACAACAACAUCAGCAGCAACAACAACAGCAACACCCCCUCCAGCCCCCCGCACCACAACCGAUCUAUGGUGGCUUCGCUCCUCCUCCUUCCUCGACCCCUAUCGGACAGGCUCCACAACCCCAAUAUCCUCCUCAUAGCACUCCUAGUCUUCCCCAUCAACCCCCCGUGUCUUCCGUCCCUUAUCAACCUUACGGAGGAUAUCAGCCAUCUUCUGCCCCUACGACCCAAGCUGGUCCCUUCAGUAAUGUACCACCUCAGCAGCAACAAAACGCUCCUCAACAACAGGCACCGGCAGGUGGAUUCCAACCACCCCCGACUUUAAAUGGACCACCACCAUCUAUUCCUCCCGCCGGUAAGUUCAGUUAGUUAACUAAAUGAUAAGCAUCUUAAUUAUUUAAUUUGUAAUUCAAAUAAAUUUUCAGGGGUCGUACCUGGAGGACAAGCGUUCAACCCAUUUGCUCGAGGAGCUCAACAACCACAGACUGGCGCUUUCAACCGCCCUUACGGAAAUUACUAA